AUGUACACGUUGCCUAAAUGGUGGACCCUGCUGCUGCCGCUGAUAGUCGCCGUAACGGGAACUUCCGCCGAGGAUGUGCUCACAUGUCCAAACGGCUGGAAGCUCCGGGGGCUACACUGCUACAAGUACUUUAACGUGAAACACUCGUGGGAAAAGUCGGCCACACUAUGCAAAAGGUACGGUUCCGAGCUGGUGACGGUCGACUCGUACGACGAGAACAACGCCACGUACCAGAUCGCGGCGAGCAGCGAGUACCGGUCGCGGAACAGCGUCAAGUACUGGCUCGGUUUCGCUUCGCUGGACGACCUGCGGACGAACACGCUCGAGUCGACGUCGGGUGAUCUGUUCUCGCAGUACUCUGGCUUCUGGUCGAUCAGCGAACCGAACCCGCAGGCCGGCGAGUGCGUAUCGGCGAACCUCGGCCCGACCGCCCAGAGCUGGGAGUUGCGCUCCUGCGAAACACUGCUCCCGUUCAUGUGCAAGGCGCGAGCCUGCCCGCAGAACUCGUUCCACUGCUCAAACGGCGCCUGCGUCAAUCAGGCGUACCGGUGCGACGGAAAUGAUGACUGCGGUGACGGCAGCGACGAGCUGGACUGUAGCGGCAACUGUAACAUCUACAUGGCUUCGGGCGGUGACGUCAUCGAGUCACCCAACUUCCCGCAGAAGUACGCGUCUCUCCGAUCGUGCAAGUGGACGCUCGAGGGCCCCCAGGGUAGCAACAUCAUCCUGCAGUUCCAGGAGUUCGACACGGAGAAGAACUUCGACACGGUCCAGAUUCUGGUCGGGAGCCGCACGGAAGACAGUGCCGUUUCGCUGGCCACACUGUCCGGCAAGGGGGACGUGCCGAACCGGACGUUCAUUACGGCGUCCAACUUCAUGAUCAUCAAGUUCACCUCGGACGGGAGCGUCGAGAAGAAGGGCUUCCGGGCGACGUGGAAGACGGAACCGCAGACGUGCGGUGGAAUGCUGCAGGCCAGUAAGCAGGAGCAGUACUUGAAGAGCCCCGGCUUCCCGCAGGCGUACCCGGGCGGGAUCGAGUGUCUGUACGUGAUCAACGCGCGCAAGGGCUACACCAUUUCGCUCGACGUCCAGGAGCUAGACCUGAACGCGGACAGUGACUUUCUGUUGAUUCGCGACGGGGACAGUGCGAACGAUCAGCCGAUCGCAAAGCUGACGGGGCCGAUCGAAUCGCGACCGAACCGCGUCAUCAUCUCGACCGGCAACAAGCUCUACCUGUACUUCAGCACGUCGCUCGCCCAGCCGGCCCGUGGCUUCAGCCUACGCUACGUGGAGGGGUGUACGGCCGUGAUCAACGCGGCCAACGGAACCGUCACUUCGCCGGCGUUCAACCUGGCGCCCUACCCGAACAACCAGGAGUGCUACUUUGUCAUCCGGAAUCCCUCCGGCAAGCCGCUGUCGAUGCGGUUCGUCGACUUUGACGUGCAUCGAUCGGAUCUGGUGCAGGUGUUCGACGGACCGUCCACGUCCGGCGUGCGGCUACACGCCGGCAACGGUUUCACGGACAGCAACGCCCCGAAGAUCACGCUCACUGCGUCGUCCGGCAAGAUGCUGCUCAAGUUCAUCACCGACGCUCUGUACAAUGGGAAAGGAUGGUCUGCUGAGUUCUCGGCCGACUGUCCCGAACUGAAGCCCGGCAUCGGCGCCAUAGCCAGCAGCCGCGAUACGGCGUUCGGAACGGUGAUCAACUUCACGUGCCCGAUCGGACAGGAGUUUGCCACCGGCAAGCACCGCAUCACAACCGUGUGCCAGAACGGAGGCAACUGGAGCAUCAGCUACAUUCCGGAUUGUCAAGAGGUUUACUGUGGACCGGUGCCACAGAUCGACAACGGAUUCUCGUUCAAGACAAGCAACGUGACGUACCGCGGUAUCGCGACGUACCAGUGCUACGCCGGCUUUGCGUUCGGGUCGGGUCAGUCGACGGAAACGAUUUCCUGCCUGGCGGACGGCACCUGGGAACGGCAACCGGCCUGCAUGGCCUCGCAGUGUCCGCCACUGCCGGAAGUGUCGCACGCCAACGUGACUGUGCUGAAUGGGGGUGGCCGAAGCUACGGUACCAUCGUCAACUACGAGUGCAUCCCCGGCUACGUCCGGACCGGGCGACCCAUUUUGAUCUGCAUGUCCAACGGCCAGUGGAGCAGCCCGGUGCCGAGCUGUUCGCGCAAACAGUGCUACAAGCUACCGGAAAUCCAAAAUGGCUACGUGGUGGACAAAACGCGCGAGUACUACUUCGGCGACGAGGCACGCGCCCAGUGCUACAAAGGCUACCGUCUGAUUGGCUCCCAUACUGUCAAGUGUAACGAACACCAAGACUUCUCUAAUGUUCCGGUUUGUGAAGAUAUUGAUGAAUGUCAAACGUCACAGUGUGAUGCGAGUUCGACCGAGUGUAUGAAUGCGGCCGGUUCGUUCCAUUGCAAGUGUAAGGCCGGUUACACCUCGUCCAUGGAAUGCCGUCCGGUGGUCGAUUUGGGACUCUCGAACGGUGGCAUUUCCGACGACAGUAUAACGGUGUCGUCGACCGCCAGUGGCUUCGAAAAAGGCAUGAUCCGCCUCAAUUCCAUCGGCUGGUGCGGUAAUGGGAAGGAGCGCGCCUCGAACUGGGUAGUGAUCGACAUGAAGGCACCGACGGUGGUGCGUGGCUUCCGUACCAUGUCCGUCCAGCGGAUGGACGGAUCGCUAGCGUUCACGUCCGCCAUUCGGCUCGAGUACUCCGACAACAUUACCGACGUGUUCAAGGACUACGCGAACCCGGACGGGACGGCGGUCGAGUUCCGCAUACUGGAGCCGACGCUCUCGAUCCUGAACCUGCCGGUGCCGAUCGAAGCGCGGUACAUCAAGUUUAAGAUCCAAGACUCUGUCGUCGCACCGUGUAUCAAGCUGGAGAUUAUGGGCUGCACCCGGCUCGAUUGUUUGGACGUGAACGAGUGCACCAAGGACAACGGGGGCUGCAACCAGAAGUGCGUGAACUCACCCGGCUCGUUCAAGUGCGCCUGCAACUUUGGCUACGAGCUGUUCCGCCAGAACGGAACCGAAGGGUUCUUCAUCGAGCGUCACGAAACGGGUGCGAAAGAUGGCGACAUCUAUCAGCGCAAUAAGACGUGCGUCCGCAAAAUGUGUCCAUCGUUGUCGGAUCCGGAGAACGGGAAGCUGCUGAGCAGCGCGAUCCAUCACCAUUUCGGUGACGUGGUACGCUUCCACUGCAACUUCGGCUACGUCCUAUCCGGCAGCUCGUCGCUGUCCUGCAUGUCCAACGGCAACUGGAACGCAUCGAUGCCCAAGUGCUUGAGUGCCAAGUGUGUCUCGCUGCCGGACGACGAGAAGGAGGGUCUGUUUGUGACGCGCGGUGAACAAAGCGACAUCCUGGUGCCGUUCAACGAGAACAUCACGCUGGACUGUACGUCUCCGGGCAAGCACAUCGGCCGGACGGCCAUUUCGUCGUUCCGCCAGUGUGUGUUCGAUCCGCAGCCCGGCUACCCGGACUACUGGCUUUCGGGGGUGCUGCCGACCUGCUCGCGAGCCGACUGUGGUCUCCCGAUGCCGACGGCCGGCGCUGAGUACGGUCAGUACGCGGACACGAAGUACAAAAGCUCGUUCUUCUUCGGCUGCCAGAACACGUUCAAGUUGGCGGGCCAGACCACGAUGAACGACAACGUGGUGCGCUGCCAGGCGAACGGUGUCUGGGACUUUGGGGAUCUACGGUGCGAGGGUCCGGUUUGCGUCGACCCCGGGCGCCCGAACGAUGGCUUCCAGGUGGCCAACAGCUACGAGCAGGGAUCGGAGGUGUUGUUCGGGUGCUCCCGGACCGGGUACAUUCUGAUCAACCCGCGGCCGAUUAGCUGCGUGAAGCAGCCGGAGUGUAAGACGAUCAAACCGAUCGGCAUCUCGUCCGGGCUAAUCCCGGACAGUGCGAUCAACGCGACUUCGGAGCGGGGCAACUAUGAGGCGAAGAACGUGCGGCUCAACUCGGUCACCGGGUGGUGCGGCAAGCAGGAAACGUUUACGUACGUCAGCGUGGACCUUGGAAAGGUGCACCGCGUUAAGGCGCUCCUGGUGAAGGGAGUCGUCACGAACGACAUCGUUGGUCGGCCGACGGAGAUCCGGUUCUUUUACAAGCAAUCCGAGAAAGAGGACUACGUAGUGUACUUCCCCAACUUUAACCUCACCAAGCGCGAUCCGGGCAACUACGGAGAGCUGGCCAUGAUCACGCUACCGAAGUACGUGCAGGCCCGCUUCGUCAUCCUCGGCAUCGUGAGCUACAUGGACAACCCUUGCCUGAAGUUCGAGCUGAUGGGCUGCGAGGAGCCGGCGGCCGGGGAACCGCUGCUCGGCUACGAUUACGGUUACUCGCCGUGCGUCGACAACGAACCGCCAAUCUUCCAGAACUGCCCCCAGCAACCGAUCCUGGUGCGCCGCGGCCCGAACGGUGAGGUGCUGCCACUGAACUUUACCGAGCCGACCGCCCUGGACAACUCGGGCUCGAUCGCCCGGUUGGAGGUGAAACCGCCGCACUUCAAGACGACCAGCUACGCACUCGAGAACACCGUCGUCAAGUACAUCGCGUACGACUACGACGGCAACGUGGCGAUCUGCGAGAUCAACGUGACGGUGCCGGACAUUACGCCGCCGCUGCUCGACUGCCCGCAGAGCUUCGUGAUCGAGCUGGGCGACAAGCAGGCGAACUACUACGUCAACUUUAACGACACGAUCAAGCGAGUCAAAGCGUCGGACGGGUCCGGAGACGUUCGGAUCGAGUACGUACCGGAGGCGGCCUCGAUACCACUCGGUGGCUUCCAGAACGUGACGGUUGUGGCGACGGAUCGGUUCAACAAUCGGGCCAGCUGCAACUUCCAGGUUUCGGUCCAGCCGACCCAGUGCGUCGACUGGGACCUGCAAGCGCCGGGCAACGGGGACAUCAAGUGCGUGACGCAGGAGUCGGGCGGCGUCGAGUGUGAGGCCACCUGCAACCCGGGCUUCCGGUUCACGGACGCCGACAAGCGGAAGGUGUUUGCGUGCAAGAAGGGUCGCUUCUGGAAGCCGUCCGCCGUCGUGCCGGAUUGCGUGUCGGAGAACACGCAGCGGGCCGACUACCAGGUCGUGGCGACGACCACGUACCGCGCGAACGGCGUCGUCUCGGAGCCGUGCCUACCGCAGUACCAGGAGCAGACGGCCAAGCACUUUGCCGCCCUCAGCGGUGUCCUGUCGCAGCGCUGCUCGGCCGUGUACGUCAACAUGAACGUGACGAUCCUGCGGUCGGUGCCGCGUCUGCUCGAGGAGAACGUCGUCCAGAUGGACUUUAUCCUGCUGAUCGACCCGGCCGUCAAGCAGCCCCAGCUGUACGACCUGUGCGGCUCCACGCUGAACCUGAUCUUUGACCUGAGCGUUCCGUACGCCAGCGCAGCCAUCGAGCCGCUCUCGAACGUGAAGGCGAUCGGUAGCGAGUGUCCCCCGUUGCGUGCCCUCAAGAGCGCCAUCUCGCGCGGCUUCACGUGCGGCGUCGGUGAGGUGCUGAACAUGGACACGAACGAUGUGCCGCGCUGUCUGCACUGCCCGGCCGGCACGUAUGCCGGUGAACACCAGAAAGCAUGCUCGCCGUGCCCGAAGGGCUUCUACCAACACCGGGAACGGCAAGGCUCUUGUCUGAAGUGUCCAGUCGGCACUUACACGCGCGAAGACGGAUCGAAGGCCGUUCAGGCGUGCGUCCCGAUCUGCGGCUACGGUACCUACUCACCGACCGGACUCGUGCCGUGCCUGGAGUGCCCACGGAACUCGUUCUCGGCCACGCCACCACUCGGCGGAUUCCGCGACUGUCAGGCGUGUCCGGCCAGUACCUUCACGUACCAACCGGCGGCCCAGUCCGAGGCCGACUGUCGGCGCAAGUGUGCCCCCGGCACUUACUCGUCCACCGGGCUGGCUCCGUGUUCGCCGUGUCCGAAGAAUUUCUACCAAACGGCAGAGGGCGCCACCACGUGCACCGAGUGCCCGUCGGGGCGGCGUACCGACACGAGCGGCUCGCUAACGGCCGACGAUUGCCGGCCGAUCACGUGCAACGAGAACUCCUGCCAGCACGGUGGGCUGUGUGUUCCGCUCGGCCACGACAUCCACUGCUUCUGCCCGGCCGGUUUCAGCGGCGCCCGGUGCGAGUCCGAUAUCGACGAGUGUGCGUCGCAACCGUGCUACAACGGUGGCACCUGUCGGGAUCUGCCGCAGGGUUACGAGUGCCGAUGCGCCCGUGGCUACUCGGGUAUCAACUGCCAGGAGGCGGCGAGCGACUGCGAUGCGGAUCCGUGCCCGGCACGCGCCAUGUGCAAGGAUGAGCCCGGCUUCGGCAACUUCACGUGCAUGUGCCGCAGCGGAUACACCGGCGACAACUGUGACGUCACGAUCGACCCGUGCACCGCCGGCGACAACCCGUGCGGCAACGGGGCGACCUGCGUCGCGCUGCAGCAGGGUCGCUUCCGGUGCGAGUGCACCGCCGGCUGGGAGGGUCACAUGUGCACCGUCAACACGGACGACUGCGCCGAGAAGCCUUGCCUGCUGGGGGCCAACUGCACCGAUCUGGUGGCCGACUUUAGUUGCGCCUGUCCGCACGGUUUCACCGGCAAGCGGUGCCAGGAGAAGGUCAACCUGUGCCUGGCCGAGCCGUGCAAUCACGGGAUGUGCGUGGACCGGUACUUCUACCACGAGUGCGUCUGCGAGCCGGGCUGGGAGGGCCGGGCGUGUGACGCGAACGUGGACGACUGUGCCAGCGGCCCGUGCGAGAACGGCGGAGCGUGUACGGAUUUGACCAACGACUACUCGUGCACGUGCACCGACGGGUACACGGGCAAGAACUGUCAGCACCCGAUCGACGACUGCGAGAGUGGCCCUUGCCACAACGGAGGCACCUGCGUGGACCGGCUGGACGGCGUGACGUGCCUUUGCCGGCCCGGUUUCGUGGGUGUGCAGUGCGAGACGGACCGUAACGAGUGCCUGAGCGAUCCGUGCAACGCGAUCGGCACGGAGAAGUGCCUCGAUCGGGAGAACGCGUUCGAGUGCGCGUGCCGACAGGGCUUCGAGGGGACGCUGUGCGAGCGCGACCGGGAUGACUGCGAGUACAGCCCUUGCCAGAACGGAGGCAGCUGCGUUGAUCGGGUCGGAGGGUUCGAGUGCGAGUGCCCGGCCGGCUGGACCGGUGAACGGUGUGACCGGCAGGUGACGGCGUGCGACGUCGAGCGGCCGUGCAAGAACGACGCCCAGUGCAUCGACCUGUUCGAGGACUUCUUCUGCGUGUGCCCGAGCGGCACCGAUGGCAAGCAGUGCGAGACGGCACCGGACCGGUGCAUCGGCCACCCGUGUAUGCACGAGGGCCAGUGCAAGGACUACGGAUCGGGGCUGAACUGUUCCUGCUCGGCCGACUUUGCCGGUGUCGGCUGUCAGUACGAGUUUGAUGCGUGCGAGGCCGGCACCUGCCAGAAUGGGGCCACGUGUGUGGACCGGGGCAGCGGCUACCAGUGUGUCUGCCCGCCCGGCUACACCGGCCGGAACUGCGAGACGGACCAGGUCGACUGCCGGGACAACUCGUGCCCGCCGGGGGCGGUUUGCGUGGACCUCACGAACGACUUCUACUGCCAGUGCCCGUUCAAUCUGACCGGCGAUGACUGCCGGAAGUCGGUCCAAAUUGACUACGAUCUGUACUUCAACGAUCCGUACCACUCGUCCGCGUCGCAGGUGGUGCCAUUCUACACCGCCUCGCCCGACAGUCUGACGCUGGCGCUGUGGGUCCAGUUUGCCCAGAAGGAUGACACCGGGAUCUUCAUCACCCUGUACUCGGCCAGCUCGCCGAACGUGAUGAGCACGAGGCGGCGCACGAUGCUGCAGGCGCACUCGAGCGGUGUCCAGGUGUCGUUCUUCGAGGACCUCCCGGAUGUGUUCCUACCGUUCAAGGAGUACAGCACCAUCAACGAUGGCCAGUGGCACCACAUCGCCGUGGUGUGGAGCGGCAAAACCGGUCAGCUGAUGCUCAUCACCGAAGGAUUCAUCGCCAGCAAAGCCGAGUACGGCGUGGCCCGUGCGCUGCCCAAGUACUGCUGGCCGGUGCUCGGUGCACCGCUGUUGGAGGGUGCCCGCAAGGAGAAGUACAGCGACCUCGGGUUCCAGGGCAAGCUGACCAAGGUGCAGAUCUGGAGCCGCGCCCUGGACGUGACGAACGAGAUCCAGAAGCAGGUGCGCGAUUGCCGCAGCGAGCCGGUGCUCUACAAGAACCUCAUCCUGAACUGGGCCGGCUACGAGCAAACGCUGGGCGGUGUCCAGCGUUCCGUGCCGUCAACGUGUGGCCAGAAGAAGUGCAAACCGGGCUACGCCGGCCCGAACUGUCAGCAGCUGCAGGCGGAUCGUGAACCACCGGUGGUCGAGUUCUGCCCGUCGGAUCUGUGGGUCGUGGCCAAGAACGGAUCGACGGUGGUUAACUGGGAGGAGCCACGGUUCAACGACAAUACGGGCAUUUCGAAGAUUGUCGAGCGGAACGGACACCGGUCGGGCGAAACGCUGCUGUGGGGCAUCUACGACGUGAUGUACCUGGCGUAUGAUGCGGCCGGCAACACGGCCUCCUGUGGCUUCCGGGUGACGAUUGUGGCCGAGUUUUGCCCGGCCCUGGCCGACCCGCUCGGUGGUUCGCAGAGCUGCAAGGACUGGGGUGCUGGUGGCCAGUUCAAGGUGUGCGAAGUGUCGUGCAACCCGGGCAUGAAGUUCUCGCAGGUGGUGCCUAAGUUCUACACGUGCGGCUCGGAGGGCUUCUGGCGGCCGACGGUGCAACCGACCGUGCCGCUGGUGUACCCGUCCUGCUCGCCGACCAAACCGGCCCAGCGCCUCAUCCGCAUCCAGAUGCAGUUCCCCUCGGAUGUGCUGUGUAACGAGGCGGGCCAGGGUGUGUUGCGGCAGCGGAUCAAGAACGCGAUCAAUGCACUGAACCGUGACUGGAACCUGUGCUCGUACUCGAUGGAAGGUUCGCGCGAGUGCCGCAACGUGGAGAUCGACGUGCGCUGCGAUCGUAAUCGCCAUCCGAACAACAUCGUCAAGCGACAAACGGUCUUGCAGAUCUCGGUCAACCCGGAGAGUGCGUACGCCAUCAAUGCCACCAUUCCGAUCAAGAGUGAAAUCGUAAGCAACUCCAACGGCCAGCGGUUGAACACGGUAAAUUUGCUCGAGCGGCUCAUCCUGGAGGAGAACCAGUUUGCCGUGCAGGACAUCCUGCCCAACACGUUCGGUGACGCGGCUUCGCUCAACCUCACCACCGAGUACGCCUGCCCGCAGGGUCAGGUGGUGGUCGAGCCCGACUGCGUCCCAUGUGCCGUCGGGACGUUCUUCAACGUGUCGAGCAAGACGUGCUUGCCGUGUCCGGAAGGAUCGUACCAGCCCGAGAUUGGUCAGCUGCAGUGCAAGAGUUGCCCGAAGAUUGCGGGUCGCCCGGGCGUGACCGCACUGGUCGGGGCCAGAUCGGCCGUCGAAUGCAAAGAACGAUGCGCUGCCGGAAAGUAUCUUGAUUCGGUAACUGGCCUCUGUCAACCGUGCGGCUUCGGGUACUAUCAGCCGAACGAGGGGUCCUUCUCGUGCGAGAUCUGCGGCCUGGGUCAGACGACGCGUACGGCGGAAGCGACGAGCAAGGGCGAGUGCCGCGAUGAGUGCAACUCUGGCAUGCAGCUCGGGCUGGAGGGCAAGUGUGAGCCGUGUCCGCGCGGAACCUACCGCAAGCAAGGUGUCCACCCGUCGUGCCUGUCCUGCCCGAACGGGCGCACCACCGCCAAGCUGGGGUCGUCCAAUGUCGAGGAGUGUUCGCUGCCCAUCUGCUCUCCCGGAACGUAUCUCAACGGUACGCUGAACGUGUGCGUCGAGUGCCGCAAGGGCUUCUACCAGUCCGAACACCAGCAAACGUCGUGCGUCCCCUGUCCACCCAAUCACACCACCCGUAGUACCGCUGCGAACAACAAAAACGAAUGCAUUAACCCGUGCGAGGACGUGAUGGAUGGUUCGCCGCGCUGCGAUCCGAACGCCUUCUGCAUCCUGAUACCGGAAACGUCCGACUUCAAGUGCGAAUGCAAACCGGGCUUCAAUGGCACCGGAAUGGAGUGCUCUGACAUGUGUAAUGGAUUCUGCGAAAACUCUGGCCACUGCGUGAAGGAUGCCAAGGGGCUGCCGUCGUGCCGCUGCAAGGGAUCGUUUACCGGCACCAAGUGCACGGAGCGGUCCGAGUUCGCCUACAUCGCCGGAGGUGUGGCGGCCACCGUUAUCUUCAUCAUACUGAUCGUCCUGUUGAUUUGGAUGAUUUGUGCAAGAGCAAACCGCAAGCGGGACCCGAAGAAGAUCAUUUCGCCUGCCGCCGACCAGACCGGUUCGCAGGUCAACUUCUACUACGGAGCCCACACGCCAUAUGCCGAAAGUAUUGCUCCGUCGCAUCACAGCACCUACGCGCACUACUACGACGACGAGGAGGACGGUUGGGAGAUGCCCAACUUCUACAACGAAACCUAUCUCAAAGAUGAUCAAUUCAUCGGAGUGCAGGGUACCAAUGGAAAGCUUAACUCGUUGGCCCGGUCCAACGCUUCGUUGUACGGGACGAAGGACGAUCUGUACGAUCGGCUAAAACGUCACGCUUAUACCGGUAAAAAAGACAAAAGCGACACCGACAGUGAGGAGCACUAGUGCAUCGUUGUUAAUUUAAGUCCUAGCUCAUACGAAAAUCCCUUCAAAAU